CGAUGUGGCCGAUGACGUCAGACAAUUUCAUGAGACUGAGUCGAGAGGUUUGCAGCUUGCACGGAGCAGUCAAAUCAGAACUUUGCUACGGACACAUCUACACCAGAAGAAGGACUCAGAACAAUGAUGGACGUAAUGGGCACCACGCCUUACUAUGAUAUAAACGUUUCUGAUGCCAGCAUCGCAAACGAGACGUUCUACGAGGACGAGUAUGACUACAAGGACGACCACGCCGAGCUGAGGCAAUCUCUCAACAUCAUGUCUCUCAUCGUCUACUGCCUGGCUUUCGUCCUGGGCGUGUUGGGAAACGGCGUGGUGAUCUGGGUAACGGGAUUCAAGAUGAAGAAAACAGUCAACACCGUUUGGUUCCUCAACCUGGCUGUGGCCGACUUCCUCUUCACAGCAUUCCUUCCUUUGAGCGUGACUUACACCGCCAUGGAUUUCCACUGGCCCUUCGGCAAGUUCAUGUGCAAGCUGAACAGCACCAUGAGCUUCCUCAAUAUGUUCGCCAGCGUUUACAUCCUGAUGGUGAUCAGCAUUGACCGAUGCGUGUCGGUGGUCUGGCCCGUGUGGGCUCAGAACUAUCGCAGCGUGCAGAAGGCGUCCUGUGUGAGUCUGGGCGUUUGGGUCCUGGCUCUGAUUCUGAGCACUCCCUAUUUUAUUUUCAAGGACACUGGGCCGUCGUACAACAAUGAAGAAAUCAUCAACUGCUUCAAUAACUUUGCCUUCUCUGAUGAUUAUGUCACGCCACAUGUGACCCAGCUGCGAGAUUUCCGUCAUCAGGCCAUGACCAUGACUCGCUUCUUUCUAGGAUUUGUCAUUCCCUUCACUGUCAUCGUGUCCUGCUACACUGUGAUAAUCCACCGCCUCCGUCGGAACCGUACCUUGGCCAGCCAGUCAAGCCGUCCCUUCAAGAUCAUCGCUGCCGUCAUUGCCACUUUUUUCCUGUGCUGGGCUCCCUAUCACAUCCUUGCUCUGAUUGAGUUGGUCAAUCACAUGGCUGAUUACGACAGCGAAAUAUUGGACAACGUCAUCACUAUCGGGGUCCCGAUAGCUACCAGCCUAGCUUAUCUCAACAGCUGCCUCAACCCGUUGCUCUAUGUGUUCAUGGGACAAGAUUUCAAAGAUAAAGUUCGCAAAUCCAUCCUGAAAGUACUGGAAACUGCUUUCCAGGAAGAGAUUUCCCGUUCCUACACCUAUACAAACUCAAUGGUCACCAGUCGAAGCAAAGAGAAGUCUCUUUCUGAAGCUGAGGUAUAAAGCUGCUCAUGGUAGAGACUGUAAUUGUACAUAGCCAUCGUGAUUGUAUACGACAAAUAAUCACAGAUUUUGCCUCAACUGCAACAAAUCCACACCAACAAUCGUUACAAUGACAAUGAUUUUGCGAACAAGCUGUGAUGCAUUUGUAGGCUAAAACAUUUUGAGGUAUUUUUAGACCAUGCUAGCAUGCAUGUAUGGUCACUACAAAAGGUCUAACUUUACACUAAUUAUUAUUAUAUUUUUAAUUA